AUGGACUCUACUCAAACAUUAAGUCAACAACAAAUACAACAAUCUCCCACAGAGUUUACCUCGAGCCCCAUCGAGAACAAGCUCAAGAGGGAACACACCCCGCGGCCCACACCUAUUGUCACAAUGAACGACAGCGAAAUGCCUGUGAAGUCGGAGGCUAUGGCGACCGCCGGCAUUUGGACAACGCCAACCUCGCAGAUGCGACCUCGGCCAGCCACUAUCCAUGAAGGCUUUUCGUAUAGCCUGGGAGAGGAGUACGGAGGGAUUCACCAAUGGGAUUCAUCAUCUCUAUCUCUUCAGCAGACACCCAGCGAUACCGUCUCCUCGCGCCCAAUCUCAAUGCACCAGGAGUACUACACACCGACGACACUAGAGUCGAACCCCUGGAACCAAAAGCCCUGCGAAGAUCCCUAUGAACUGCCCAACCUGGACGGUGAGAUGAACAUUGGCCAGGCAUACACCACAGACGAGGCCAUCCCGAUUCUAGAUUUGAGGUAUCAAAGCCAUCAUCACUCCGAAGGCGAGCCCCUUUGCCUAGACACCAACAUGAACAAUCGCCGCAUGUCUGGUUCGUCAUUUACCAUGUCGACUUCGGGUGGUCUAUCGGAGAUGGCUUCCUACGAGGACUUCUCGGCUGCGCUUUCAGAGGCGCCUUCCUUUGGAUCCGAAUACCCGCCUACCUCGAACAGGAACUCGCUCAUGUCCUCAACCCAGCUGUCGCCGGUUGCAUCUCCGCGCAUGACUCCUCAAAGCCGAUCGGAGCUCGUACGGACGCAUAGCCGCGGCAGAGCCUCCCCAUCGCCUCGGCCCGGCAUGAGGACAGCCCCUUAUAGCGUGGAUGCUGCGAGGAACAAGCGGUGGUCCACGGGCUCCUAUGGACCCGGUCCUAACAGGCGGCCAUCGCCGUUUGUGUACCACCCUGGAAGCGAGCUCUUUGCCGCUCAUCAGAGGAUGUCGUCGAGGCACUCGUCCCCAACCAUCCCAAGCAACCAUCUGCCACUCAACUAUGGCAAUUUGCAGGCGGCGCAACAGCAUGCGUACUUGAUGCCUGAGCACCGGCCUUCCGCAACAGCAUGUUGCUUCCUUCGCAGCUUCCAUCACAAUUGCCUUCGCAUGCCCACGGGUACCAUCCUGAUGCACAUCACCAUUUCGAGGCCCCCCGCCCCUACUUUCGCAUGGCCUCUUCCGCAUGCUUCAAAGUAA